AUAAAUAUGCGUAGAGUCCCCAUAAAAUUAUCUACAGAUAAAAAGAGCGGUGUUCAGAGCAUUAAAACGUGUGUUUGAAGUCUCCGGCCACCCAUUUCAACAUGAAACUCGCCGCGAUUGACGUCACCGAGCCAUCUUUGUCCACCUAAUCCAGGCGGCUGUUUAUUACACCUUCAUUACCGCACGGACUCUGACAGCGCCAGGCUCCAGUAAUAGCCUGCAGGUGCCGCAUCGCCGUAGAAGUAGGAAGAGAAAAGGUUUUGUAGCGAGGGGACGCAUCUCAGUGGGAGAUACAAGCCAGUGCUCCUCCUAGACUAUAUAGGCAGGGAAACGCCACAAUAACCAACCAAAGGGUGCCAGAGGGUAGAGAGGAGCGCAGAAGGCAAUCCACAUCCAUCUGCCAGCCACUUAGUCCGCGCUAACAUUUCCAGUCCCGAUUUCAGCACAGCUGUCUAGCCAAUACCACCAGGAAAAAUGUCUGCCCCAGCCGCUGGAGCCCCUGCAGAGGGAGGGAAUCAGCCCCCUCCCAACCUCACCAGCAACCGCCGUCUGCAACAGACACAGGCACAAGUGGAUGAGGUGGUGGAUAUCAUGCGUGUAAACGUGGAUAAGGUCCUGGAGCGUGAUCAGAAGCUGUCAGAACUGGACGACAGGGCUGAUGCCCUGCAGGCUGGAGCCUCUCAGUUUGAGACCAGUGCUGCAAAACUGAAGAAUAAAUACUGGUGGAAGAAUGCCAAGAUGAUGAUUAUCCUGGGUGUGAUAUGCGUGAUUGUCCUCAUCGUCAUUAUUGUGUACUUCAGCACCUAAGAAGAGUUGGUCCUACCCCAGUCUGAUCCCAGCUUCCUUGCUACAAAACAACCCCACAAAUUGAUGACAAAAUUAACCACAGAUAAUUAGUUUAUUAUAUAUAUAUAAAUAUAUAUAUCUCCCCGAUUAGCCUCGAUAUAACACCCCUAAACCCUUCAGGGCCCCAUGGCUCCCCCACUUCCACCACCUCCCCUCUGGACCCCUGUCAAUAUUUGUCCUGUGAGUGUGUGGCCCUGUCUCCUUUCUGGGUACUCUUGGCUUUUCUAACCUGCCAUACUGAGAACCAAACACUUGUGACGAUGCAACAACAGAAAAGGAAACAACGAUUGGCGAUAAUUGUUACAUAACUGAUAUAUAUAGUUCUUUGUAGAGUUUUAUUCUGAUAUAUACUGUUUUGUAGGUGUGUGUGCGUGUGUGUGUGCAUUUUGUAUUUUUUAAUUUUUGUAUUAAUUUUACGUAUGCUUCAGCGUUAACUACUGCCUAUUAAUCAAAGUGUGUAUCUUGCAUGUUCUCAUCAUCUGUCUGUCCCCGGCUUACUCUCUCUUUUUGGUGUAUUUUUGCACAGUGGAGUCAGUCUCCAUUUAACUGAUGAAAUACUAAUUCAUUUUCAAAUUCAUCUCAUGUCCACUAAUACAGUUCAAAAUAAGCCAGAGGACUAAAACUUAAAAAAAAAUCAAGUUACAGAAAUUGGAGGGAGACAAAACUGCCCUUAAAACUCCCCAGGUUACUGCUACUUCAUCUUCUGAUUUUUAUAACUUGAUGCCAUCAAAAAUUCAAGUCUUAGCUUCCUUUAUGGCUUUCUGAGAGAGUUCUCACUGAUAUUGAUCCACCAUACAAAUAAUGCAUGAAUUGUUAAACUAAUCCCCAGUAAUCAUCACUCCCAUUCCUUUCCAUCUAACCCUCCCCAUUAUCUCGGUGUCACUUCUUUGAUAACAUCUGUAAUAACUUUCAUCUCAUGUCUCUUUAACACCACAGCCAUCCUCUGUUUCUCAGCAUGCUUGAACACCUCAAUUUCUUCAAAUAAUUUCAAAACUGCCAUAGUACAGUUGGACCAAUGUCUGUAGAUGUUUCUUUUUUUAUUUAAAUAUUAACGUAGUGUCUUAUUUCGAAAACAUUCCUUCAUUGCAGUCUAGUGCAAAUGCUCUUACUGUAGCACAUGUAAGUGUAAGUAUCUUUAAAAAAUAUACAUGCGAUGAAACUUGUGUCGAAAACGUUGGUCAUACAAACAAUAGGAGAAAAUAGUAAUAGUCAGUAGGUGUAAGGGUUAGUUUUGGAUAGACAGGAUUAGACUUUGAGUCUGUCCAAAUUAUUAAGAAUUUUUUUGUAAUAUCAGUGAUGUUAUCUUAACAUUACACUUGCAGUAUACUGUGGAGAUGUCAUUAAUGUCAAACUGUGGAUAUGGGCUUGCAAAACAAUUCUAAUGCCAGAUAAAAUGGGGCCGUUGCGUAAAGUGACAGUUGAUUGAGUUAUAAAACAAAGGUUAAUUCUCACUGGCCCGUUACUGACACUGAAAAGCCUUAGUCUCCAGUCACUUCUCUUAGUUACUGUAGAAUAUUUCCAGUCAAACACACCCUCACACUUUUAGUUUGUGUAGGGGGUUAGUGGCUGACUGCAGAAAAAGGAAAUCUGUUUAAAAUGCACAAACAACCUUGUUUUUGAUGGCGCUGUCUGGCUGGUCAAUAGCCUGGCCAAAGAAGAUCCUCCUGCAGCAAAACCUCUCCACAUGAAGAGCACAUAUUUAAAAAAGAAAGACAAUUCAGCCUUAUUUGCAAACCCAGGAACAGGGACAGAGGCUAAUGAGGAAAAUGUCAAAUUCACAGCUGAAUUUUAGUUCAGCAGUAUGCUAACUUUGGGGUAGGUUAGUGACAUGAGAAGCAAUUAUUCAAAAAAAAAAAAAAAAAAGUAGCAUUCCUAAGAAGAGUGUUUUGCUAGUGUAGUGGUUCUGGCUCAGUGUUUCUCCCUAUAGUGAAGGCCUUUUUUCUUUUUUUAAAAAUAAUAGAUUCUAUUUUUUAUUAUAGUAUAUUUUUGUGUGAAACAGACAGGUAAAGAGGAAGUGUGCAAUCAGUACUAUUGCUAUGCUGCCAACAGCAGUAAGCUCCUCUUUACCUCUGUCUGGUGUGUUUUUUGUAAUUCAGCUCCAUGCGUUAUACACUGCCAAGCAACAAGGGAGAGGCUUCUAUUGUUAUUGCAGUUAUUUGUUUUAUUGGUGCCCUCACUGGUUUGGUCUUGACUAUUCUUUUAUUCUUUGUUUGGAAUCUACUCAUGUGUAUACUACCCUUUUGGCUACUUUGUGAGCAGGAGAGCAGGGCAAUAUGAUGCACACUUGGUUUUUAAUGCCCUGUCAAACUAAGGCCUUGAUGGAAAAUUCCUUAAAACUGGGUGAGGUAUAUUUAGGGAUUGAAAAUCAUUUUACUUUAAACCUCACAAGGUCUUUAUUUACAGGUGUGCUGGCCUGCAUUAAUAAGUGCUUAACAGGAAGCAACUCAGCUCCUGCUUUGCUGCCACUGAUGCCAUUGUCAACAACCCUUAAGCUGUCAGAGCUUUGGCUACAGUCACUAGAAAGGCUAUAGAGACCACAAAACCAUCUGCAAUAUUCCAAAUUAAGUGUGUGUGAAGCCUUGGUAGCCUUGUCUGAUUUCAGCAUGACUCUUUAUCUUCUCCACAAGCUGAGUAGACCAACCUACCCCCCUUUGCUCAACUCACUGAUUCAGAAUCCCAGUGUGUCUGUGUGUGUGCCGGUGCAUCUGUGUGUGUGUGUGUGUGUGUGUGUGUGUUAGAAUAGCUCUGUCUUGGGAAUAUCCCUAGUUUAUCCUGACAGAUUAGGCUGCUUAAAUCUCAGAGUGAGGGCAUGUUGUUUCCUUGACCACUGAAGUACACAAGCAGAGAGGUUUCAGAUCUGUCGGCCAGUCCUCUUAGGAAGGACCCCAACCUCAACAAAACCCACUCCCCCCUACCCCCCUACAUGUUUUCCUCUAAAUAGAGCAAAAGUAGACUGCAGAAGAUUACCAAAGACCAGAUUCCCAUGCUUACGCUGCCAACUGCCAUCAAAAACAAGUGAAGAGAAACAGGUUAUUCAAACUGUCCCUAGUCUGUUUUAAAUAGCUUAUGCCCUUAUCGUAUCUAUCCAUGAUUACAGGACCUUUUAACUAGUACACACUAUUUAUAUGGUGUGUCAGUCUGGCUUGUGAGUGUGCCAUUCUAACAUAUGCAAGUUAAACCAAAACAUAGGGACCGCAUGCUUCAAAUCUCAAAUACAGUCUCCCCACCAUGUCUACCCAGGUCUGAAGAGCUUCUUUAAUCUGUAACACGUUUUUAGACACAUGAUCCUGUAACGAAUAAUAGCACAACUUAUUUUUUUUCUGUCUCCAUAGUGCUGCCAAGUUUUAAAAUGAAAAGACAUAUAAACAAACUAUAGUUAUUAGACAGAAAUCAAGAAAAUGUUAUAAAAAAAUCUGCAUUGUUUGGUGUCGUAAUAUGGGGGUGUUUUGGGGGGUAGGGGGUCCUAUAUCCUCAGGUUUAAGGUAUUAGCAAUUUACCAAAAUAUAUAUGAAGACAAAAACUAUAUUAGCAAACUGUAAAAUUGGGUAUUUUGGCAAUAGAAAAUCAUUAUAGGGUUACAAAUGUGGUCCUUUUAGCCAUCCUGCAGGAGUUAACCACACAGUGGACUGAAGUGAAAUAACACUACUGAUUGGGGUAGGACUUCUGUGUUAUCCAUGAAUCCAGUUGUUGUCCUGUGAGUGCUCAACCAAUUUGAUCACAAUGGUGAAAAUGAAGUGAGUGCUCUCUUUUUCUGUUGCUUUAUUGUCUGUAUGAAAAGCAGUGCGCAUAUAUUUUAACACCGUGGCACUUUUUCUGUUGUGAGUCAUCGAUUUUGCUGGGAUGGGAACAUGGUUCGAUGGAGAAUAUUGUCUUAAGUCAACCUCAUGAAUUGUUCAGCGAUCUCAAUGUUGCGUUCCAGUCAUUUGGGGGUGGUCUGAAACACAAAGUUGCAUGGGAAAAAGCAUUCAGACCAACUUCCAGGUUUGAAUCACAACUGAUGAACUUGGAAUUCAAACUUGGAAGGAACCAAGCAGAAAGAAAGAGACCAACAGAAGAUCCAAACUUUAAACAAAGCGUUGUGUGAUAUGUACAGAGCGAGGAAUGUUCCCCAACGCUUACUGCCACCCCCAAAUGGGUUGAACGCAGCAACAGGAGGGAACCUUUUGAGUCUCUGAAUGUUCACUGGAUGGCUAUAAAUAUACAAUAUUCAACUUAAUAUAUGUUAACAUGUUUUAUUUUGAACCAAAUAUUGUGUUUUUCUUUUGCAUCAAUUUAGUAAUAACUCCAGAUGUCACUGACUUGUUUGUGUGUAAGCACUGAUGGGUAAAGGUAAAGAAAAUGGGAAGCUAAUGGGGAAAAAAAGUAUUUUUACCUUCAAUUGUCCAGAAUGCUUAGAAUGAUUCUACAGUUUACAUCAGAUUGCUGUUUGUAUCUACAAGAUAUAUUUUUUGUUUAAAUCUUUUUAUUUUUGAGAUUUUGAUUUUGAUUUCUCUGUGGGACUGGGGGUUUCUGGGAUGAGGGUCCAUAUUGCCCCUGUUCAUCUGGCCUUACAGGAGGGACAGGACUGGAGGAUCAUGGGCAAUGUGCUCAGUUCUAUUUCAUUUCUUUUUCUUUUCCUUUGCUUUUAUUUAUUGAUAGAUUUAUUGUGCUGUCAUUUGGUAUGGGAUUAGAAACUAAACAAGGUUGACUCAACGUAAAGGAGAGGAGACUGAAUGAAAAACUAAAGUACAUAAAAUAAUUGUAGUGUAAAUCUAUCAAUGUCUUAUUAUAUUGAUGAACAUCAUGAAAUAUAUGUAUAUUGGAAAAACAGUA